AUGAACAUUGCACUCAGAGAAAAGGAGUUUAUAGAUGUCUCAAAGCAAGCUAUUGAAUCUGUCAAGGCUUUACCGUCGUCCAUGGGGCCUAGAGUACUUCUUGCGUCUAGAGACAGGAGGGCAUACAUUGUGAGUCUUUCGCAGGAUUUGGCCAAUGCUUCUUCAAAAGUAAUCAAGGCCUAUGAAGAUGAGCAUAGAAAGAGGAUAACUGACGCAGAGUACAGCCCAGUUGGAGACAAAGUGAUAACUGUUUCGGCAGAUAAUCAAAUCAUCAUCUGGGAUAGAGAAGAGAAGACGUUUCAGAGGUUUAGUGGGCACAACAGAGCCAUAACAUCAGUUACGCUCAAUUCAAAGAACAACAAAAUUGUUACUGGAUCUGAAGAUGGUGCUUUUAUUCCUUUGGAAUACUCUUGGGGAGAAAAUAGCGGUUUUUGA